GGAAAUGAAAUGAUUUACUGACUCCAAGAAGAAGAAAAAAAGAGAGAGACGCGUGAGCUCAAGCAACAAGUUCCUUGAGUGUGUUUCUUUCAUGAUGGCCAGACCAGAUCGCUGCUCUUUGUUUGAUCUCAUUGUUGAUCCAAAGCUCACUGAUGGACUCCGGGAGAUUUCAGAGUUGCAGAAUCCUCAGGAAACUCUCCAUGUCCUUGUCAGAGAUGAAUUUCCUAAAGAAAAGAGAGAAACUGAUAGAAGAAUAGAUGAGGCAGUGCCACUUGGAGAAGUUUCAGACAGGAAGUUUUGCUCUGCCUGUCAGUGCUCAUUUGAAAGUCGUGAAGAGCAGAUGGAGCAUUAUAAACUGGACUGGCAUCGCUUUAAUCUAAGGCAGCGACUGGCUGGACGAUCACCAAUCACAGUGGAGGAAUUUGAAAAGAAGACUGGAAUGGGUGACAUAUCGAGUAUUUCAGGUUCAGACUCUGAGGAUGAGGAGUCACACAGUGAAGAUGACUAUGAUGGUGCUAAUAAUGUGAUGUCUUAUGGGGGCCGUUUAUCUACCAGGGUUUUGCUCCAAAACGCUCAGGGACAGUAUUUAUGUCUGUACCGCUGUGCAGUACAGAAAAGUAAAACAGACAGUGAGGCAAACUUGGUUGAUUCUCUGUUGAACAUCUCCGAGAAGACGGUGUGGGUGAUUCUGAUGACAGGCGGUGGACAUUUUGCUGGAGCUGUUUAUAAAGGGAAAGAGGUCCUGCAACAUAAAACGUUCCACCGUUACACGGUUCGAGCAAAACGAGGAACAGCUCAGGGUAUCCGUGACUCCCAGAAUAAAGGCCACCCCCCCAAAUCAUCUGGAGCCGCUCUUCGGCGCUAUAACGAGGCUGCGCUAACAAAGGACAUUCAGGAGCUGCUGAAGAACUGGGAUGAAUAUUUAAUGCAGGCCGAUACCAUUUUCCUUCGAACCCCGAAAUAUAACCGGAGUGUGUUCUUUGGAGGUCGUGGAGCACCGCUGGGGAAAAAAGACUCAAGAAUUCGGUCAAUUCCUUUUGCUACUCGCAGAGCCACAUUCAGUGAAAUAACACGUGUACAUGAUGUCCUCUCAAUGCUGCAAAUUUACGAUAAGACCAUAGAUGUAUCCAGCAUUCUCAGUUCAUCCAAGAAAACGUGGCAGAAAAAAACUUCAAAUCAAACCAAUCAGAAUGCAGCAGUAGGUCACCAGGUAGACCAACAGCAGGAGGAUGAAAAGGAAGAAGAACAGAAUGAAGUUUCUGUACAGCUGCAGCUGGAGGAUGUGACAUUAACAACUUUGGAUUUAAAGGAACAUGAGAUCAAACCCAACAAGAAGAAACGAAGAAAGAGGAAAGAGAGAAAACCAGAGGCAACUGAGAAAGAGGAGAGUUUCAUGGAGAGAGAAGUCUUUUGCAGCAGGGAGUUGAUGGAUGAGGCAGGGAACAAAAAGGGGGCAGAAGAGAGAAUACAAGGCAAGAAAAAUCUGAAGAACAACAAACAUGAAGAUGAAGUGUGUGUAUCGUGGGAGUUCAGCGUCAGAGAUGCCCUCUACACUGCAUGUAAAACUGGUGAUACAGAAGCGUUGCGCACACUCCUGAAGCAGGACAAGCACACACUGAUUCAACUCCUUAACACGCCCAUUGAUUCAGCUGGAUACACACUGCUGCAUGUGGCAUCAGCAGCUGCACAGAAACAUGCUGUUUACCUUUUAUUGGAGAUGGGAAGUGACCCAACAUGGAGAGAUAGGAAAGGCCAGACCCCAUAUGCAGUUGCACCAGACAAAGAAAGCAGAAACAUGUUCAGGAAAUUCAUGGCUGAACAUCCGAACAAAUACGACUACGCUAAAGCUCAGGUUCCAGGACCACUGACAGCUGAAAUAGAGAGCAAGAAAGCAGAAAAGAAGGCGGCGCAGAAAGCAGCAAAGAAGCAGCGUGAAAAAGAGCAGAGAGAGGAGAAACGACGAGAAGAGGAGGAGCAGGAAGAGAAGAGGAGGUUCUUGGCACUGAGUGACCGAGAGAAGCGAGCACUGGCUGCAGAAAGACGAUUGGCAGAGCAGGUAGCCACAACAGGAGGAACACUCACUAAUUUCAGUGCUCUGUAAGGCUUUUUCCUGGUGAUAUUCGUUACACUUCUACCCGGCAUGAAGCACUCACAGUCAUGUGGUUGUGACGUCAUCGUAAACAAAUCCGUUCUACUCAUCCAGAUGACUUCACAACGGCAACGUUGCCAGAUCUUUCCACUCUGGAACCCGUUCUCAAAAAGAUUGCGUUUUGGGCACCCAAAACGCCGGUGCCGUGUGGACGCCAGGCCUAAACGAUAAGCAAUUGUAUCGGAGUCACCUGAAUCCGUUGCCGUGUGGACAGGGCCUCAGUUGACCGUAGGUGUGAAUGUGAGUGUGAAUGGUUGUCUGUGUCUAUGUGUCAGCCCUGUGAUGACUUGGCGACUUGUCCAGGGUGUACCCCGCCUUUUGCCCGUAGUCAGCUGGGAUAGGCUCCAGCUUGCCUGCGACCCUGUAGAACAGGAUAAAGCGGCUAGAGAUAAUGAGAUGAGAUUUGCAUCUAAGUGUUAAAAAUAAUUCUUAUAAUUGUUAGUUUCUCCCAUUAUUUUUGAGCCUGUGAAAAUGGAUGGACUAUGUAAUAAAUGGUUGUAAUUCCUAAACAGUUAAUGCAGUAUUUUUGUU